AUGGAGUCUGUACUGACGGAGCAACAACGCGAAAUCGAAGAGGCCAAAACCUUAAACUCCGACCUGGAAUUUGCAUUCCAUCUCCAAAUGCAAGAAGCGAUGACCGCCUCUCUCGCUGCCCUCAAUCGCCCUCCCUCAUCGCCCACGCCAUCCUCUUCCUCCUUCAAAACUGACGAAGUAGGAGUAGAAGAUUUCGAUUGCUGCUCGACUCUAUUCCUGGAGGAAAUCGAGAGGUUGGAUCAACAAUGCAAGGACCGUGAAGAAAGUGAGCAACUAAUGAGAGAAAUGAAAGAAGAUUUGGACCGUCGAAUGCACGAUCAAAAAGUGGCUAGCGAAAUCAUGAACAUCCCUGACGUAGAAUGGGAAGAAUACGGAGAUAAUUACGAAAAGCCGUUUGAGAGCGGAGAGAGGGUUAGUUUUCUUAAACUGUACUGCAAGGGAGUGGAGAGUGAAGAGAGAAUUAGGGAUUUGAAGGUAAUUGUGGGUGGAAUUGGUGUUGCCAUUUGUGAUUCCAAGGAUAAUUUGAUUUUUGAAGUUAGUAAGGGUUUAGAUAUUGGUGAAGAAGGCAGUAGUAGUAAGAGUAGUGCAGGGUUUGCAGUGGAGCUUCAGGCUUUGAUUGAAGGGUUAAAUGCUGCUUUGGCUUUGGAUUUGGAAAACCUCACCUUCUUUGUUGACGACUCUAUGCUCUACCAAUAUGUUACAGGUACAGUUCAACCACAAAACAGUAAGAUUUCGACCUUGGUGAAUCAGGUGUCUCUUCUUCAGAAAAAGUUUGCUGAUUGUAAGUCGACCCUUGUAGCAUGUUCUGAGAUCAAGUUUGCAUUUAGACUUGCAAGAGAAGCUAUAGUUUCUCAGAUCACUUGGCCUGCAGAACAGAUCACUUGGCCUGCAGAAACUAGCAAAGGCAAAAGGAAACAGAAAGAGACUUGCGCCAUAUGCUACGAAGAUACAGAUGUAGAUCAGAUAUUCUCAGUUGAUGGUUGUCUUCAUAGAUAUUGCUUUUCCUGUAUGAAACAGCAUGUUGAAGUGAAGUUACUUAAUGGGAUGACAGCUAAGUGUCCUUAUGAAGCCUGCAAAUCUGAAGUAAGUAUUGAGACUUGUGGGAAAUUCCUGGACUCAAAAUUAGUUGAGAUCAUGAGCCAAAGGAAAAGGGAAGCUUCUAUUGCUGUCACAGAUAAAGUUUAUUGUCCACAUCCAAGAUGCUCAGCAUUGAUGUCAAAAAGUGAGGCGUUGGAAUAUACAAAUUCUUCAUUUGUUGGUGGUGAAAAAUCUGGAGUCAGGAAAUGUGUAAAAUACUUGCAAAAAGAAAACUAUGGCGUCAAUGCGCAAAGUGCAGCCAUAUGGUGGAACUUUUGGAAGGCUGCUAUCAUAUCACUUGCAGAUGUGGAUAUGAGUUCUGUUAUACUUGUGGAGCUGAGUGGAAGAACAAGAGAGCAACAUGUAGCUGUCCGAUCUGGAAUGAGCGGAACAUCAUUCGCAAUGGAUGAAGGUGAAGAUCAGAGUUGCCAUGAUAUGACUAGAUUUUAUUCUACAUAUUUCUCUCUCUGCUUUUGUUCAACUACUUUGGAGAUAGCCAUCAUUUUGUAUAAAUGCUUCCAUAGGUCAAAGUUGAUCUCAAAGCUUGAUGCUUCCCAAGGAUAUCCUAGUUUUAAUCCUCUUCCUUUAGCUGAUUGGAUAUCUCAUAAAUUCAAAUGUAGAGACCUUCAGCUUGAUGGGAAUUCUUGGAACCUCUGA